UCUCCACAACAGCGCGCGUUAUAUUUACGAAUUGUGUACGUCUGAGUUGCAGACGCAUGCAGUAGUGCACCGCGCGCAUGCAAAAUGGCAGCGCGUCUCGCGUUCAUCGCGCUCUGCGUCUGCGCAACGUUUGCGCGCGCUACGCAGCCAGCAGCGCGAAUAAUCAUCGACACUUCAGGAUAUCGUACAGAAGAACCACAAGAACCCGAAGAUCUCGAGAAAAGAUAUACUCCAGAGUUGCUUAACGACCUUCGAAACACCAAGUCUGACGCGCUCCUUCUGUACACGGAAUACACAGCGUACGCUGCUGCUGAUCUGAACGCGUUCCUUAAGAACAUCUCCUCGCUAACUCAAGACACGAUAAGAAAUAUGGAAAACAGGGUCCUGGAUAAAGCUUCCAGAGCCUGUCGUGAUGAAUUCGAAAAACAUAUGAAGAAGGUCAUUUUCGACUCGAAUCGCGCCGCCAGCUUCAACGGAGAGAACCACCACAAAUUCUUCCUGGGGCACAUGAUCGUAUUCCGUAUGCAUCUCAAUAAGAGCGAAGAUUACUUGAGAAGAUGUGAAAAAAUAAUGAGAGGUUGUGGAGUACCGUGCGAAACCACGCCAAGAAUGAUACGAUGGAGGCGUCUAGCUCUUUUCGAAUUAAAUAGAGUCAAAGACGAUAUUCUUCAUUCUAGAAGAUUCUACAAGGAUUUACUUCUUCAUUCUCGAAGAAAGCUAAAACAUUUGAGAAGACAGGCACAGUUGCGAGCGAAGUCUGCAGUCGAGGCGCUAGAACAGUGUGUAUGCAACACUAGCUGUUAGAUUAGAUUUAUCUAGAAAGAAUUUAUAUAAUAAAAACAUCGUACAUGCGGCAUUUUUAAUAUUUAAAAUUAAAAUCCAUUUUUUUAUAUUUAUUCUUCUUCCAAAUUUCCAUGAAAAUAUGGAUUAUAAUAU